GAUCUGUAGGCACCAAGGCGAGGCUCAAACACGCUGCGACACUCGCAGGAAACGCAUCUCCUGCUGCUGCUGCAGGAACGGUCAAUACGCGUUGUGUUUCGUGUGCAGUGAGAAGCAUGGUGGUUGUUCCCUAAGCAGGAAUAUCGGACGAGAUGACGGAAGUUGCAAGUCUUCUACCGGCGGACCAUAGAUUGACCACGGUUCGCCGGUACGAAGCCGGACCACCGGAAGGACUGGAAUUGGUUGAACCAGAAGAAACCUUUGCCACCACCAAAGAAGAGGAAUGGGUGAGCAAAAAGAAGACGGAAGUGAUCAACACCAAGCAGAUCGAGACUCGAGUCAAACGCCAAGUGGUCCUCGAAGAUGGCGAAGUCGUCGAAGACUCCGGUCCGGUGGUCACCACCAACACCACUGAAGACACCAAGACUCAAGAGCAUCACCAGACUGAAUUGCGUAAACUGGGCGACGACCAACCCGAUGGUCCCCCCAACGCCCUGGAGACCUCCCCCGAGACGGUCGCCGUGCCCAAUCCCGAGGGAGUCGUCCGGGAGGUUAAGGAGAAACGGGUCAUUUCGCGCGAGGAGACCGAAGAGGUCAAAGAGACGGAAGAUGUCCAACAUUUCGGGGACAUCACCGAUGAGGACUUUUUAUCUGCUGUAAAAACCGGAAAAAAGGACCUCCGCGACGUCCUCCGCAGCACGAAAAACGGCGUUUCGGUGGUGUCGACUGGUCCUCGAGUGGUCCACGAAUCGUCAAAGAGCAACAAAGUGACCGAUACGGAAGACACGCGUGAACUGAGUUCGGUUCUGCCCGACGGUAAAAUCGUGACCGAGACGCAAAGAACCACCGAACACGAGGAGAUCAAAGACGACGAAUUGCCCGAAGACGCCCCAGAACAGGAUUUUUACAAGGAGAGUUCGCAGAAAUAUCUGAAAACGCGAGAGCAGGAGGAUGUGGACUACCUAGCAGACGGUGUCAAAAUCGGGCACGAAAUGCGCUUCCGGACCGAAACCAUGGAGGUCGAACGGCAUGGAGACGACGACGACGAGCCCGAUUUCGACUCGCUGAGUGCCAGGGCGAGGCGGAGGGUUAACAACCGACAACCCCACAGAUACAGGGUGCCCAUUGCAGGUCUGGAGAACGGGGUUUCCCCCCUGGACCGCAAAGACGCUCUGACCCGCAAACCGCUGGAUUUCGACCAAGAGGAAGAGACCCGAAAGGUGGAAACGUCAAAAUGGUUGGAGCACCAUUUCGGGAGCGAAUCAAGGUCGUCGAAUUCCGUCAUAGACGACGAAGAACAGCCACCUAAAACAAGUUUCUUUAAUGUCACAAUCAAAUCGCAGCCGAGUCGAGCCGAUCCACCACCUCAGAAAUACAUCACGACGAUAAACAACAGUCCUCGAGUGUACAGUCCGGUGGAGCCCGAACGCGACCGCCCCACACACCACUCGGAGUACUACAAAGGGAUCAGUCAGUGGUCGGAGCGCCACCCGCUGCCCUCCUACCACCACCAAGACACCCCGAUCUACGUCCACGAGCCCGUGACGUACACACCCCCACGCCGGUCCCCCAUCCCCGACUACCGGACCAGCUCGCCCAUGCUGGUCUCUCCUCCUCCAGUCCGCAUCUCCCCCAUCCGGGAGAUCACGCCGACACCUCCACAACGCAAACGGGUUUCCGAACGCCGACACCACGACAGUCGCUACGCGAACGCCGCCGCGAUGGAGCCUCCACCGGACUACUCGCCUCCGGUCAACGAGAAGAAGGCCAUGCAGAAGACGCGAUUCGCUCCGGACCCUCCCAAAGCCAAGAGCGGGAAUAUUAUAGGUCAGUCCAUUCGGAAACUAGUCGGGAAGAUCCGCUCAGCGAGCACCGAACGCAAAACAAGACAUAGAACGAAAAGGUCCCCGAGUCCGUCCUACCAAAAAGGACACGUGAUCGACAACAACAUCCACCACAACGGGAUGGAGAACAAACAGCCCGUCCAGCGGUACUACCUGGGGGAGGACCCCUUCGGGGGGAGCAUCUACGGCAGGGAGAACAAGUACGAUGGGGUGAAACCCGCCAGGAGCAGCUCCAAAAGGAAAGAAGAGGAACACAGGUCACAGAGCACCCUGGGCCGCUUCAGUAAAUCGACGAGUCGCCUCAUGAGUACCACAGCCCCCCACGAGCGCAACUCCCAGACCCUCCCGCGGCACCUCUCCCGCCACCACGACCCCCCGACUCGCCUGGAGAAGAACAACAAGUCCAACAGCACCAUCAACGUCUCCAUCAUCAACACCGUCUCGCGCACCCUGGGCCCCCCUCUGGGGCCCGCCAAGCCCGCCCGCACCUACAAGUCCAACCUCUCCCGCAGCAAGAGCUUGAACGUCCACGCCAACGACUACCGCAAGCCGGGGAUGUACACCAGCAACCCCCAUCUGAAUCGCCUGGAGGAGACCCCCGCGGGGCUCAAAAGUCCUGGAUUGAUCUCCAGUCUUAGUCGCAGCCAGAAGGACCUCCAGGAGGACAGUGUGUACACGAACCGUUUUGCAAGAAACGGCACCAGUGACAGCACCAGUGACAAUAAACGAGUGUUCAUGAAGAGUCUCAAGGACCGGGCCCCCGAAUUGUUUAAAACUUUGCACGAAGACGAGCCGGAUUCUGUGAUCUACAGCACCCCCAUCAAGAGCCACCACAAGAACAAGUACAAUGGGGACAUCUAUGAGCCCCCCACGCGUCUCCGGGAGCCCCAGUCGAUCCUGAGGCGGGGCAGCAACUCCAGCACGGACUACUCCGAGACGUACCACACCACGACGCGAAACGACGACCCCCUGCGACCCAGUGUUACCAACACUGUCAAAAGCUACAGCAAAAAAACGAUCCCGGCGAAAAACGGACGCAGUCUGGAGACAAUCGAGUCGAGUGAGACGAAAUCGAUCACGAAAAGCCACUUUCGGGGGGAUCCCAGUGUGAAGUUUUACGAAACCGAGCGGAGAUACAGCGGGGGAAGUCCCGUAGUCAUCGAAGUCAGAAAUAGCAACUUUAGGAAAUAAUUAACUUUGAUACUGCCAUAUUUAUAAUUAUUGUUAUUACUAAUUGUGAUUGUUUUGUCGUUAAAAAGGGUUUUGGCAUUGUUAGAUGGUAGGUUAGGUGCUAAAAUUCCCUAAACUUGUAUCAUAUGUUGUUUCUAACGUAAUAAUAUGGAAAGAAUAAUCCUAGAGGUAUAGAAUGUGCCAAAAUAAUUUGUAAAUACGAGCUUAUUAUCAUGAAUUAAAAUUUUUAAUGAAG